GCAGCUGGGAAGCUUCCACCCAGCAGACAGUUUGGGAGACUCUGAGGUUCCAACUAUGGAUACUGACUCGGGGGCUGGAAGUAGGAGUCUGCUGAGCCCGCUAACUCCUGUAUGCUACGAAAGACAAGAUGAAGAAGCAGUUCAAUCGGAUGCGCCAGCUUGCCAACCAGACGGUGGGCAGGUAGAAAAGCGCUUGGAGCUGGUGAAACAAGUAUCCCAUAGCACUCACAAGAAGCUGACUGCAUGUCUUCAAGGACAACAAGGGGUAGAAGCUGAUAAACGAUCAAAAAAGUUACCUUUGACAGCACUGGCUCAGUGUUUAAUGGAAGGAUCAGCUAUCUUAGGGGAUGAAACGCUCCUUGGGAAGAUGCUGAAAUUAUGUGGUGAAACAGAGGACAAGCUAGCCCAGGAACUUAUCCAUUUUGAAUUACAAGUAGAGAGGGAUGUGAUUGAGCCACUGUUUGUACUGGCAGAGGUGGAAAUUCCAAAUAUUCAAAAGCAAAGGAAACAUUUAGCAAAGUUAGUGCUGGACAUGGAUUCUUCCCGAACAAGAUGGCAGCAGACCUCCAAAUCUUCAGGUUCAUCCAGCAACUUGCAGCCAACAGGUGCCAAAGCUGAUGCCUUGAGGGAAGAAAUGGAGGAGGCUGCAAACCGAGUAGAAAUAUGCAGGGACCAGCUCUCAGCUGAUAUGUACAGUUUUGUGGCCAAGGAAAUUGAUUAUGCAAACUACUUUCAAAUGUUGAUAGAAGUCCAAGCAGAAUACCACAGGAAGUCAUUAACACUAUUGCAGAAUGUUUUGCCUCAGAUAAAAGCACAACAGGAGGCAUGGGUAGAGAAACCAUCCUUUGGGAAACCAUUAGAGGAACACCUCGCAGUCAGUGGAAGGGAAAUUGCAUUCCCUAUUGAAGCAUGUGUGACCAUGCUGCUUGAAUGUGGAAUGCAAGAGGAGGGCCUUUUUAGAGUGGCUCCCUCUGCUUCCAAACUGAAAAAGCUGAAAGCUGCUCUGGACUGCUGUGUACUGGAUGUGCAGGAAUACUCAGCUGACCCUCAUGCUAUUGCAGGAGCUCUAAAAUCUUAUCUUAGAGAGUUGCCAGAACCUCUCAUGACCUUUGAACUUUAUGAAGAGUGGAUUCAGGCAUCCAACAUCCAGGAUCAAGAUAAGAUGCUUCAGGCCUUAUGGAAUACAUGUGAAAAACUUCCCAAGGCCAAUCACAACAACAUCAGAUACUUGAUCAAAUUUUUAGCUAAAUUGUCAGAAUUUCAAGACACAAAUAAGAUGACGCCCAGUAACAUGGCUAUUGUACUAGGACCCAACUUGUUGUGGCCACAAGCAGAUGGGAAUAUUACUGAGAUGAUGACCACAGUUUCUCUGCAAAUCGUUGGAAUCAUCGAGCAUAUCAUCCAACAUGCUGACUGGUUCUUCCCUGGGGACAUAGAGUUCAAUGUGACAGGUAAUUAUGGCAGCCCUAUACAUGUGAACCACAAUGCCAAUUACAGCUCGGUGCCAUCUCCUGAUAUGGACCCUGCUGAUCAGCGACAGCCUGAGCCAGCCCGACGGCCCCUCAGUGUGGCUACUGAUAAUAUGAUGUUGGAGUUUUAUAAAAAGGAUGGCCUUAGGAAAAUCCAAAGCAUGGGUGUAAGGGUUAUGGAUACAUCCUGGGUGGCCCGAAGAGGUUCCUCUGUCACCAGAAAAUCAUCCUGUACCCCACCGACUGUGCAGCCUCCUGCUCCACCUUCUGAUCUUGCUGUUCCACCUCAAUCACCAGUUCCUGAGGAGUUACUUGACAUUUCAACAACUUCUUCCCAUUCUCCAUCUAACUUUGGCUUCCAGACUGUGGUUGAGCAGACUAGCACUUUACAAAGCAAGGAGCUUUCUCCAGGGUCUGGGCAAAAGGAGAGUCAAAGUUCCAGUCAUGGAGUCCUCUGUGUCAGUACACAGCAGAUGACUACUCUCAGCCAGCUAGCCACAGAUCAGAGCCCUCACACAGUCCGGAAAGUUUCAAAGAAGUUGGCACCAAUACCACCCAAGGUCACCUUUGGUCAAUUAGGUGGUAUGACUGACCAGUCUGCUGGCCAGCCUUCCCCAAUCAGCCUGUCUCCUACUCCACCAAGUACCCCUUCUCCCUAUGGACUGAAUUACCCUCAAGGUUAUGUAUUGGUUUCAGGCCAGCUUUCCCCUGCUACAACACACUCCCCGUCUUCUGUCAUCACAAGCACUUUAACCAAAUCUCGGCCCACUCCUAAACCCCGACAGAGGCCCACACUGCCACCUCCACAGCCUCCUACAAUAAACACCUCUGGCUCUGGUUCACAGUCUAUGGACCACUUGGUGAUAGAUGGCAUGUCCUCUGGGGAAAGCAUGUCUACAGCUGUUUGACAAUGAGUGGCGCAAUUGUGGAUAAGUAUGAGGGGGAUUUUUCAGGGUAAGCUGGCAUCCCAGUCUUCAUCUCCCUUCUAAUUCUGAAGGCUAACCCGGGUCAACUUGACAGCUACUAACUCAUCACCUCUGCAUGUGGCUCAGCCUGAGUUGCAUGGCUAUGUGGCUCUUACUGAUUCCACAAGCUCACUAACAAUGAAUUUAUUAGUAAGCUUAUUUGGCUUCUUAGAACUGCUGGCCUUCUUUUUCUAUUCUUCUGCUCCAAUUUGAAAAAAACAAUUUUCCUUUUCUCUCCUCCCAUAUCACUUCUCCAAUUGUUUUUUCAGUACCUGUAUAAAGCACCUUCUCCUUUGAUUAUGGGUACUCUUCCAAGGGGAUGUUGAAGUGUUGUUGGCUGACUGAUCACAAGACUUUCUAUUCAAUGCUUCCUGGAAGUGUUCUUAGAGAAAUUACAUCUGGAAGUCAGAUGCAAGAAUUCCAACUUAUUGAGAGAAGUGUCAGUUCUAUUUGACCAGUUCUAAUGGAUGUACACAGCAGAAGUCAUCACUACUAAUUCAUUAAUACUUUUUCAUCUCAGCUUCUUCCGUCUAUAUAAAGUAGGGAUAAUAGCCCCUACUCUUGGUAGCUUCACUGACCCUUUAGGAGAUUGAACAAGUCUCCAAAAAUAAAAUCAAAGGAUUGUAGAUGAAAAUGAUUGUAGAUGAUCCAGUCUAGUCUACUUACUCUACAAAGAGGUAGCUGAACCCUAGAAAAGUGAACUUACAUUACAAAAAAAUGUGAGGAUUUAAAACCAGAUUUUCUGACUCCCAUUCUAAUCAUCUUUUGACUAUACCAAGCUUAAAGUAUUCCAUAAAAAAGUACUUUUAAAAACAAAAACUCUGAUAUAGACUGGUAUGUAUAUAGUUCAUCUGUACCUAUCUGUCCAGUUUUGGAAGAUCUUUUCGUUAUUCAAAACCAACUAUGAUGCCUCAUUUUAGAAGAGGGCUGAUUGUAAUAGAUUAUUUCAAUUCUGCAAAAUAAGCCACUGAACCCAAUUAGCUGUAUUGUUCUAAUUCAGUUUAUGUAUUCUAAAGGUUUAGAUAUGUAUUCCAUCUGAAUUCAUUGCUCCUUGUUCAAUUAGUACUUCCUCAGGACCCACAAUAUUAAGGAAAACAAACAAACAAAAAAAACCCCUGGAGGAAUAAACUAACAAAAGUUUUGAGCAAAGCAGGAUUUUUUAGAACUUUGUUGAGAUGCUUUUAAAGAUUCUCAAACCAGGCUCUCUAGCUAUUCCUAAAUUAACACCACUUAACAACACAGACCUGUGAAUUAGCAUUUUGACUAUUAUGAUAGAAAAUUAUAAUGAGAUUUUAUAGAAAUACCUAUGUAUACUUUUUCUGUAUGAAAGCAAGUUUCUAGGGAACUAGAUAUAUUAAAUACAAAAGAAAUUAGAGCAAAAUUGCAAGGUCAAUUUGACUUGCUUAGGUGAUCCAACACUGACACUCAUCUCCUUUUGGCUCUUACUUGAAAGGACUGCACCUAUAUGUCUGAUUACUUGCAAUAACCACUGUGAGGUUGGUACAAUAUAGGGGCAAUGGCAAUUCUAUCUAUCUUUCAUCUUUAAAUGUCAGGCAGAAGAGUAGGGGGAACCCAAAUGUCUUCUCCUUUUGACACUGCUAUGACCAAAACAGGCAAAAGGAUUAACCUGUCAACCAUGCUCAGUUGAGCUCCUUACCCCAAGGCUCUGCCUGUUAUUAUGGCUUUACAGCUAGAAUGAGGUUGGCUUCUUAGAGUCAAGCCUUGAUAAGAAUGUUUUCUGGAGCUGUCCAAGAAACAAAAAUCAAAUUCCUUUCCAUAAAGGUCAGUGAAUGGGAUUUACAAGGCUGAAAGACCUCAAUUUCCCCUUUUUGUGGGGAGCAAUGCUACAGAAAAUCUGUUUACUUCCUCUUCAAGUUGUUCUGGGUACAUGACAACCAAACAAUGUAUUUAUGUAAAUAUGUAACGAUCAGCUUUGUGCUGUAUUUUGCCAAAUAGCCAAACAUAAGAACAAAACCAAAGCAGGAAAGAUCAUACUAUUUUGCAAGUGCUCUUUUCUUAUUUGGUGUGACAGACAGUCAGGUGGCUUUCAUUCUAACAGCUCCUCAUGGAUUCCACAUUUCUUCAUCAUUAGCUUAGCUGUCCUUGAGAACCCAUUUUAUGGGGGUCUAUAGAUAAGAGAGUUGAAUCAAAUUAUACUUAUCCUUUUCCUUAAUCAGGAAUGUUAUUUUGAAUAAAGGGAGACCAGUUACAGAUGUUAUAAAAUUUCACUCACCUUGGUCGUAUUUUCUUCCUGUUAGUCAUGUAAAGUUCCUUCCAUUCCACCCUGACCCCAUAAGGCCGUUUGCAAGAGACCUUGAAAAAUGUCUUUGCAAGACAACUAAAGUGACCAAGAGUAAUCAAGAGGAAUUUUAGAUGUUAUAACUGGGGAGAGUGCCAGAACUUCUUUAGGGCAAUGGAAAUGUAUUUGGGCCAGUAUAUUGUUUCUAGAAUUAGUGUCCAAGAUCUAAUUCUAGUCAUUACAUCUCGUUUCCUUAUAUACUGAAGAUUUACUCUGUCUCCAUAGAAGAGGACAGGGAGCAGCAUCAGAUUUACUUUCUUAUGCUCUUUAUGAGAGCUGGCUAGACAAUUAACUGGUGCCUUUUCAAUAGCCAGAAGUCUACAUUUUUUUUCCCUAUGGUACUGAAAUAGGACAAAAUUGCCAAUAAGUUACUUCAUGUUUUAGUGCAAAGUAAAGUGACUUCUCAUGAGGUCCUACUCUGAACUGCAAUUUAAGGGGAAAAUCUGGAUGUCUUGGCCUCUCCAACCAAGAUUUAUUCAGAUGAGUCAAGAAAAUAGGAACAAGGAGAGCCUAAUCACAAAUACAAUAUCCUUCAUCUUUGCAUUAACUAGUUUGCUGUCAUAAAUGUAUCAUCUCAAAAAAAAAGUAUGUAUGACUGUGUGUGUAUUGGGGAGGGGAGAAGCUAUAGUGUGGGUAUACUGGGAUGGGCUAAAUUCCCUGCUUUAUAAUGUUGACUCUACUUGCAUCUUUUUCACAAGAAGCACUAUUUCAAUGACUUUUCUCUGCCCAUUUCCAGAUCUUGUCCACUUUGAUAUCCCUUCUAUCCACGUAGAGCUUGGUUCUUCAUUCCACCGGGGUCUCCUGGAGCACAUGACAAGACAUUCAGGGACUGAGAAAAGAGACUCAGAGGAAGAGUCAGAAAGCACUGCCCUUUGACACUGCAGAUCCUCAUCUGACACUCUUAUACAUACAUAUGCCCCCCAAAACACUUUGAGGAUGUAUGUUUAUUGUUCUUGCUAAGCAUUCUUCAUUAGCACUUUCAUUUUUCACCACCAACAUGAAAUUGGACUUUAAAGAAAACUAUUGCCCUCCCACCUAUGGCAAGUGUUGAUGGUACAGUGGUUUUGUUUGUUUAUGAUGGUUAGUUUAACCUUUUCAAUUGCUAUUUGACUUGCUAUCUGGGUGAAUUUCUAUCUUUAGCCCUGUGUGGAGUAACAUCUGAUCUCUCUCCAUCCAGAUACGGCUUGUGUAACAAGCUCUUAUUUUUUCUAAAAGAUGAGUUAUAAAAACUUCUCUCCCUGUGAUUCAAAUACAGUUCUAUUUCAGUCUGUGAAAUCCUGCCUGUCCUACUCUUCUCAAAGAUAAGAGAAUUCCUAGUUCAUAGAAAAAGUUGUACGGUCUGAAGGUUUCUUUUAAUGAUCUCAUAAUCACUUGAUUAUACCAGCUUGCAUGGCCUAGGUCCUUGUAACAAUAUAGUUUAGAAAGAAUGCUCAUAACCAUCAAGCUGUGGAUCUUUCCUUAUUCAAAAGUGACAAAUGAAUAGCAAUAAUUCUAUAUCCUGACAUGUGAACGUAGAACUGGUCCCAAAUGUAAUAAGCAAAUGCUAUAAGAUGUAUUUGCAUACUUGAUCAUUCCAAACAUUCGAUUAUGUCAGUGAUGAGAGGGAGAGAUGAGGAAAAGGGCAUGUGAACACUUACUCAAGAGAUCAUUGCAGGGGAGAGAGGAUUAAACAUUUUGACUGAAAAUUAUAAAUGGAGUGAAGAACUAAAUUCAGGUCUUGCAUGCAAAGUCAAACUUUAAGGUUUUAUCCUUUGAAAAAAAUAUAUACAUACUAUGUUAUAUUUGUAUAUAUCAAAUUUCUAUAUUUGUUUGAGAUGUUUCAUCUAAACAUGUACAAAUGUAAAAUGAAAACUUAAAUGCUUUGUUACUUUUUCCAACACGUAAAAUAAUUCUUUGCAAAUUAAAGAUGUUGUAGGCUUUGCACACUUAAUGACAAAUAUAGCUCAUUAUCCAAUUUAUAAAUGUAGUAAGGGGUGGGCAAAUCACCUUUAUACAUGCAUAAGUUGUCAAAAAUGUUAUUAAAAUAUUUAUUGUCACUAA